AUGCAGAAAAACAUUCAGAUAAGUGGCUUUUAUAUUUUUAAGAAAGACGGGAGCAAAAACGGUAGUGUUCUGGCAGCCUUCAGGCCCUGUCACGUCCAACACAAGUGUGUGUAUAAUUUGGUAAGUGCCAGGUCAACAAAAAUGUGUGUUUAACUUGGUUAGUGCCACUUCCAUCCAAAGUGUUUGUUUAAUUAAUAAAUGCCGCGUCCAAAGAAAGUGUGUGUUUAGUUUGAUUAGUGUCACGUCCUACACAAGUGUGUGUUUAAUUUUGUGAGUGCUACGUCCAUCAAUGGUGUGUGUUUAAUUUGGUAAAUGCCACGCCCAACACCAAUGUGUACCAAUAACACAUUUACUUCAAGACACCAACCAAACAUUUACUUCAUAACACCAGCAACACAUUUACUUCAUGACACUAACAACACACUUACUUCAUGACACUAACAAAAAAUUUACUUCAUGACACCACCAACACAUUUACUUCAUGACACUAACAACACAUUUACUUCAUGACAUCAACAACACAUUUACUUCAUGACACUAACAACAUAUUUACUUCAUGACACCAACAACACAUUUACUUCAUGACACUAAUAACACAUUUACUUCAUGACACCAACCCCACAUUUACUUCAUGACACCAACAACACAUUUACUUCAUGAUACCAAACCAACACUUACUUCAUCACACCAACCACACAGUUACUUCAUGACACUAAUAACACAUUUACUUCAUGACACCAACAACACAUUUAAUUCAUGACAGUAACAACAUAUUUACUUAAUGACACCAACAACACACUUACUGCAUGACACUAACAACACAUGUACCUCAUGACACCAACAACACAUUUACUUCAUGACACUAACAACACAUUUCUUCAUGACACCAACAACACAUUUACUUCAUGACACUAACAACACAUUUACUUCAUGACACUAACAACACAUUUACUUCAUGACACCAAUAACACAUUUACUUCAUGAUACCAAACCAACAUUUGCUUCAUGACCCCAAUCACACAUUUACUUCAUGACACCAACAACACAGUUACUUCAUGACACUAACAACACAUUUACUUCAUGACACUAACAACACAUUUAUUUCAUGACACCAACAACACAUUUCUUCAUGAAACCAACAACACAUUUACUUCAUGAUACCAAACCAACAUUUACUUCAUGACACUAACAACACAUUUACUUAAUGAAACCAACAACACAUUUACUUCAUGACACUAACCACACAUUUACUUCAUGAUAUCAAACCAACAUUUACUUCAUGACACCAACCACACAUUUACUUCAUGACACCAACCUCACAUUUACGUCAUGACACUAACCACACAUUUAAUUCAUGACAAUGCCAACACAUUUACUUCAAGACAAUGCCAACACAUUUCCUUCAUGACACCAACCACACUUUUACUUCAUUACACCAACCACACAUUUACUUCAUGACAAUGCCAACACAUUUACUUCAUGACAAUGCCAACACAUUUACUUCAAGACAAUGCCAACACAUUUACUUCAAGACAAUGCCAACACAUUUCCUUCAUGACACCAACCACACAUUUACUUCAUGACACCAACCACACAUUUACUUCAUGACACCAAUGACACAUUUCUUCCAUUCUAUUUUUAGCAUUUUCCUGCCGGGCGGGUCUGGGAGGCCACCCGGGUCCCACCAGAACACAAACAGAUCCACUGCAACAAGGACCUGGACGUCUCGAUAUUCCAGCUGACAUUGAACAUCAAGGACACGAUGAUGUCUGACGCCGGAGAGUACGGGUGCCGGUUAGAUUACUGUACUCAUGAGCACAAAAAAUGUGAAAUCCAUGAUUGUGUGAUGAAAGUAAAGGUGGUCCAAGGUAAUGUGAUCAAUGAUUGUGUGAUGAAAGUAAAGGUGAUCCAAGGUAAUGUGAUCAAUGACUGUGUAAUGAAAGUAAAGAUGAUCCAAGGUAAUGUGAUCAAUGAUUGUGUGAUGAAAGUAAAGGUGAGCCAAGGUAAGUCUUUGACAUGAUCGCCAGAGCAGAGUCCAAGAGUUGAUGGGGUAACUCAUUCAUUUGAUUGUGUGGACAAAGCCGAGUAGUUCAAAAAUUGUUUAGUAACAUAAUUGUUUUCUCUAAUUUGAGAUUGCCAAAGUAGGUUAUUCACAUAACUUUGUGCACAUAGUAAAUUCCAUCUAAAUAGGUCGGUCACUUAAUUGUGUGCAUAAAUUCAAGUUGGUCAAAAUAGUUCAUUCACAUAAAUGUGUGCAAAGACCAAGUUUCAUUAAAAUAGGUCAUUCAUAUAAUUGUGUGCACAAAGUCAAGUUUGUUUAAAAAAAUAGGCAAUUUACAAAAUUGCGUGCACAAAGACAUGUUGGUCAAAGUAUGUAAUUCCCAUUAUUUUGUGCACAAAGUUAAGUUGGUUAAUUAGGUCAUUAACACAAUUGUGUGCACAAAGUCAAGUUUGUCACAAUAGGUCAUUCACACAAUUGUGUGCACCAAGUCAAGUUUGUCAAAAUAGGUCAGUCACAUAGUUGUGUGCACAAAUUUAUAUUGGUCAAAUAGGUAGGUAACAUAAUUGUGUGCACAAAGUAAAUUUCAUCAAAAUCAGUCAUUCACAUAAUUGUGUGCACAGAGUAAAUUACAUCAAAUUAGGUCAUUCACAUAAUUGUGUGCACUAAAUGAAGGAGGUCAAAGUUUGUUUGAGAAAAUCCUAGAUAGUAAAAAAUAUGCAAUGUACUUAAUUGUCUGAACAAAACAAGGUAUGUGAUUGCAAUGCACUCUUGACUCUGUACACUUAAGGUGUUUAAAAAAAAAUAAUUCAAAUAACAAAUCAAUGAUUAACUUAUUUCUCAGAACGCAAUUAAUUUGACGAGACUCGACCAAUCAUUAAAUGUCAGCAACAUAAGAAACUGGUCCCCCUUAAAUAGAUUUUGGUAAAUAGUCUUUUUUUUUUUAAAUUUCGUUACCAGGUAUUCUCUCUCUUCCCACCAGGUCAACCAAUAACAACCUUGGCAGAGUUUCCACCAGGUGGGUUUGUUCUAGCAAAGAUGUCUUAG